AGGGUGAGAAAAAGGGGCGAGGACAGUGGAAGUAAGGUAGUAUAAGUGCGAUUAGUCAGAGAGUUCAGUCUGAAAUUCCCUAGUGGCUGCAUGGAUUCAACUGGCAACAUGUGGAUUUCGGAAAAAAACACACCACAGCAGCCCGGAGGACUAAAACAGCGUGUCAUCAGUGCCCUGCUCUACUGCACUGGAGAAAUGAAACAAUUACACACUCACAUGAAGGAUAAAUCCAUCCUGCUGCAGUUCUCUGAGUGGUGUUUACGUGGGAUCUCACGGGUGAUUCUGCUAAACAACCCCCUGAGUGGAGUUCUGAUUCUAGCUGCAUUACUGCUGGAGAGCCCCUGGCAGGCUCUGCUGGGGAUGCUCGGCCUUUUGGCCUCCACCCUCACAGCUAUAAUCCUGGGACAGGACUGGGAGGAGGUUUCCAGUGGCCUUCAUGGUUUUAAUGGAAUGCUAGUGGCUCUGCUGAUGGGCGUCUUCAGCUCUGCUGGAGAUUGGUACUGGUGGCUUCUGCUGCCUGUGUGUCUUGGUGGUGCUACAACAACUUUUAUUUCCAGUAGUUUGGCUUCAGUUCUGGAACGCUGGGAUUUGCCAGUUAGCGUCUUUCCUUUUAACACAGUCAUUGUGCUGUAUUUGGCCUGUACUGGCACUUCUAACCCCUAUUUCCCAAACUAUCCUGCCCAGCCACCAGGGGCACCAGAGAGCACCAACCACACCCAACUCCAUGUUCCACAGCUCCUGCAGGGGGUGGUACUGGGUGUAGGGCAGAUCUUUGCAUGUGGGACUCUAGGCCCAUCUCUGCUUAUCCUGGGUGCUGUUUUCCUCUUUUCACCUGUUCUGGCCGUCCAUGCCCUCCUGGGAUCUGUCAUUAGCACCGUGGCAGGUAUGUCUAUGUCAGUGCAGUACAGAUUUCUGUACUCUGGCCUCUCAGGGUUUAACGGUGCUCUGGGUUGCAUGGUCGUGGGGGCAUUUUUCAUAUUUAGUUGGAGAACCCAUCUCUUAUCUAUUGCAAAUGCCUUACUUUCAGCUUACACAGACAUUGCCUUGAGCAACCUGCUAGGACUUGUGGGUCUGCCAGCAAGCAGUUGGGCUGCAACUUUGACAGGCACUCUUGUGCUGUUACUGACAGGGGAAAACUUCAAAGAAUACAGAAUCCCUACUGGAAAAGUAACCUCACCAGAACAUAACUUGCGCUCACACAAGCAAUGGUCUGUGGCCAAUACGAAUACAACUGAUGUAUAGUGUUUACAUAAAUUCAUAUACCCUUAUAAGUAAAAACACCACUGUGACAACAGAUUUAAAAAUAAAUAAAUAAAUAAAAUACUACAAAUUUAUUUUAUACAACA